AUGCUUCUCCGCGAAUACGAAGCCGGCCGUCUCACCGUGCCUAUCACCCUUCGCACGCGCCAACAGAUGUACCACGACAUCCAAACGCGGAUCCUCCAAAAUCCCCCCUUCACCAACACAACGGCCCUGCUUGCGACCCAUCACUGCAUGCAUCUGUUAGUUUCUUACAUCCGGUACACGAUGGGGUCAGAGAUCGAGAUAGACGAUUCAUGGAUCAGCUCGCUGCUUACGGUAGCGCCGUUCGGGCGCAUUGUCGAAUUCUUUUCCGCUGAGAUUGGUGACGGGGGCAAUCAGCGCAUGCAACGGAAGGACUUUAUGUAUAGUUUCCAUCGCGAUAUGACGGCGCAUAGGAAAGAUCAUAUGAAUUCGGUCAUUUUCGGUCGGUCUUCGGACCAAAAUAUCCACACCUCGGUCAGAGAGCUCUGGUUCGAUGCGGCCCGGACGGAGUUGGCUUCUAGGCAAGCACUUCCUCACGAGAUUGAAGUUGCUUGGUGUUGGAAUUCUAUUCCAAUAUUAUUUGGCUGUGCCGAUUGCCAGCCAGGAGAGGGAUGGAGAGCAUGA